AAGAAGAAGAAGAAGAAGAAGAAGCCUACAGGAGGGUUUUUUGUUAGCCAGUUAAAACUCUCUGCCACACAGGACUUUGGCUCGUGUGCAAAGACUGAUGUUGAAGUGAGGAUCUCCUCUGCUUCUCUCUGUGAAAGGAUCCACUGAUGAAGAGUGGUGCAGGGAGGUGCUGGCCUCCGAUGAGUGCUGCCUGUGUUCAGCUCCUGUUGGCUGCCACCCUGUGGCUGAUGCCCCACAUGGCAGCAGCAGCAGCAGCAGCAGCAGCAGAGCCGCUCAACAUGACCCGGGCUGGAGCUGAGACGCGGUCAGACUUCAGGAUGCCCACUGGAGCUGCCAGCAGACGGAAAAGAGCCAUUUCAUCCAGAGAGAUUAACGCUCUGCUGGAUUACCACAACCGAGUCCGCUCUCAGGUCUUCCCCCCCGCCGCUAAUAUGGAGUUCAUGCUCUGGGAUGAGGGACUCGCUGAGUCAGCCGACUCCUGGGCUUCACGAUGCGUUUGGGAUCACGGUCCGACAGGAGUCAUGAGAUACAUGGGACAGAACCUGUCAGUCACUUCAGGAAGGUACCAGUCCAUCACUGAUCUGGUCCAGUCGUGGUACGAGGAGAGGCAUCACUUCUCCUUCCCGAACAGAUGCAGCGGAUCGGUGUGCUCUCACUACACUCAGAUGGUGUGGGCGAGCACCAACAGAGUGGGAUGUGCCGUCAGGAAGUGCUCUAACAUGUACGUGUUCGGGAGCACCUGGAGGGAGGCCACGCUGCUGGUCUGCAACUACUCUAUAAAGGGAAACUGGGUGGGAGAGGCUCCCUAUAAGAGCGGUAAGCCCUGUUCCGUCUGUCCGUCCAGCUACGGCGGCUCCUGCUGGAGAAACCAAUGCUCACCAAACAGGAAGCCCAAAAGACUCGCAAGAAAUUAACACAACACGGGGUUUUUGAAUGUGUUUUUAAUGUUAGACCGAGAAAACAAUACAAAGUCAUAUUCCAUGUAAAGUCAAGUUUUACCAACACGAAGGCUGCAUAAGAAAAUGAUGCAGCUGUCCAGUUACCACUAUGUUCGAAUGAAAUCUUAAUUAAUGAAUG